AUGAACAAAUUAAAAUUUCCUACUGAUAACGAGAAUAAUGAGUUCUUUGACGAGGAUGCCAUUUCCAAGUCAACUAUUUAAGCAGUGAAUAAUUCAUUCGACAAAGAACAAUUGGACGAAUAAAUUGAAAGACCCUUCACUCCUGUGGAUGCUUAAAUAGAGAUGAUACCGAAGGAACAGUGUCCUCAUUGCAAACGCCAAUUCUUCGAGGGUCGUUUAACAUUACACUUACGUAGUUGUACAGCUCAACAUCCAUUUGUAAAAAAAUCCAAGAAAUAAAAAACAUAAGAAUUGCACACACAGCCCACCUUAUUGCCAUGUCCAUAUUGUCAUAAGAAAUAUAGAAAUCUAAAGGCACACACAUGUUAAGCGAGAACGAAAGCAUUGGACAAAUACAAAGUGGUCGCUUAGAUAAAUGAAGAAGAAGAGGCAGAUGAAACUUUGAUCUAGGAACUCUCCUCGAGUCAACCAUCAUUUCUACCCAAAAUAAAACAAAGAGUUGAAAGCAUAUUAUCACGUUCAGUGCCCAUAGCCAAGUGUCCCCAAUGUUAGAAGACAUUUGAACAGAAAGCAUAUGAAAAGCAUAUCACUCUCUGCAUACGUAUGAACAGUGGAAAUAAAUUCCAACGUAGUAUCUUCUGCACUAAUUGUGGCAAUAAAUUCGCCAACAAUCACAAAUACUGUGGUUCAUGUGGUAAAAAAAGACUAUGA